AUGAAGCAUGCCCUGUUUUCAGAACAACUCGGGGAAAGCUCUACUCGCUCGAUGAUACUUCAAGAAGAAAUGGACUACUAUAGUCGGAGACCUCGCCUCGGACGAUUCGAGCCUGGCCACUUCACUACGCCUACACGGCUGAGGAUCGAGUGCCGCUCAGAAGGAGGCGACAAGAACAUUCUUGCCACAAAUACCUCUGCAGGAUGUGAAAUUGGAAAGAUUGUAUGGGAUGACGAGUGUACGGCCGGAAGUAGUCCAAUAGCCACUUGCGAAUUAGACUCGAGAUUUUGUGAGGUACCGGGUCACAUGAGGUGCAUGGACAAUGUAGUCUGCGACAUCGCGGAUGACUGUCCGAACGGAAAGGACGAAGAAUCAUGUGGUAGGUCAUCCUGA